AUGCCACCCCUGGGAACAUUCAUUCGAGGGACUUUGCGGCUCCUGUUCCUUUACGGACUCUUCCCCAUCUCGCAAUCAGGACCUAUCUCUGUAGUGGGUGAUUACCUCACCAGCAGGAGGAGCCUCUUGCAGACUUCUGUCUCAUCGUUCCUCAGCCUCUGUCAAACCGACGUCUGUGACGCGAAGCGGGUAGACGGAGUCUGCGAUCGAUGGGCAAGAGGAGAGGAUUGCUCUGAGGAGCAAAUCUACCAUGUCACAGGAGAUCCUGGGACAAACACUAAGGCAGAGAUGUUCUUCAACCUUCGAAGCCCCUGGAACGUCUCCUGCAGUCUGGGACGUUGCACUCCUGCUCUAGGGGGAGUCUACGAUGUCUUUGUCUCUGAGGGAUGUAUCCCAGACCUCAACUACAUCUCAGAGAUGCAGGACGUGUCGAACUCGGUCUCGAAGCAAGUGAAGAUUUACCUUAGGAGGAGUGCAGAAUUUUACAUCAAAGUGAAGCGGAAGGAAGGAAUGCUGGGGCAGAGGAACUGCAGUUAUGGCAUCACAGUGGGCUCCAUAGAAGCCACAGACAGUUCGGCGAAAUGUUUGAACUUCCGAAAAGUAACCGCCACCGAAAUCGCAUAUAGCAACAUACCUUACUGCAAGGAUGUGAUGCCCAAGUACAAUGCGUACGUGCAAGCCUCCACCACCUCCCAGACUACCUUCAUUGCAACCCUGAUCGGAGUCGGAGUUUUGAGUUUGGCUCUAGUGGUCCUACUAAUCGUGUUUCUUCGACGGUUGAGACGAAAGAGAGAUGAAAAAGGAACCACCUUCGAAGAUGAAAGAUUGAAGACAGGCGAGGCAGGUGGGCUGCCCUUGUCUCCUUCAUAUGAAGAGGAAGAAGAUACAGCCUUCUCCAAGAACGUGAAGGAAGCCGCGGGUGUCUAUCCCCCGGUACUCCCGGAGGAUACAGUGAACCCUGAAGCGACAAGGAGCGAUGAUGGAAAGAUCCGGCAGAAGCCAGAAAUCAAGGACUGGAGGAGAUAUGAUGAGUACGAUCUCGACGAGAGCGAGGAAGAAGUCGACGAGUCCGCGCCGGGAGGGAAGGCCGGAGUGCUCGAUGUGAAGCCAGGGGCGGAACACCACUUCAAGAGCGGGACGUCGGGAGGGAAACUUAUCUUCCAGGGAACAAGCGGUAGGAGCACUCCAGCCUCCAUGUCGUCCAGUGGGUCGGCAGUCGACGACCUCUACAGGAACAGAAGGACUGCACGUGAAGUGUACAGCCGCGGCCCGACUCCCCCGGAACAGGCUCGGCGAGGGUCUGCAAGGCCCUCCAUCAAGUCGAGGGGAUCGAGCAGAAGUUCCUUGGUGGGUGCCGACCAGAUCGAUCUUGAAGACGUCAGCAGGCCUCCGACCUCCUCCUCCUUGUCCUCAGCUGCGAGCUCGGCGGAUUGGGAAGCUCAGCAGGGGAUCCGAAUCGACGACAUCCUCGAGCAAGCAGCUGCCAAGAAGACGCCAGACGGCAACGGCAGCACGAGGAAGGUCCAGCAGGAAGAGGCGAAAGAGGCAAAGAACUGGAAGGCAGGAGAACGAUGGAGCUUGCACCAGCAGGAGCCCACCAGCUCCGGCCAUGCGUCCCCGUCGGAGGAGUCGAAGCUGAGAGACUCUAACACGAGCUCCAGCGACUCGGUCAAGUCUAGUGAGUCCUCGCUCAAGCCAGCCCCUCCUUCCGAGCCCGCCUUCAAGCGCCAUGGCAGGCCCAUAGUCGCCCCCAACCUCGCCGCCAGGCUGGGCGUUAUCCGUCCGAAGCCGCAGGGAGGCGUUCGCGCCAUGGCGUCUCUGACCCCUCAAGUUGCGCAGAGUCAAAGCACAGAAGCUGCUCCUGCUGCUCCUGCACGGGGAGAAGUCAGGGCCAUUACACUCGGCGCCAAUCGCGCGCUUCCUCGAGCCGGUGAGGCUGGGGUUCCUCCUCCUCCUCCAAGACGUCAAGAGCCAGGAUGGGGGGAGGAGAAGGGAGAGAGGAAGCCAAAGCCGCUGAGCUGA